GCGGCGAGCCGGGCGCGGGGCCAUGCGCGGCCGCCUGUGGCUGGGCCUGGCGUGGCUGCUGCUAGCACGAGCGCCCGGCGCCGCGGGGACCCCGAGCAGUCCGCGGAGACCGCGCAGCUACCCACACCUGGAGGGCGACGUGCGCUGGCGGCGCCUUCUGUCCUCCACCCACUUCUUCCUGCGCGUGGACCCCGGCGGCCGCGUGCAGGGGACCCGCUGGCGCCACGGUGCCGACAGCAUCAUUGAGAUCCGCUCCAUCCACGUGGGCGUCGUGGCCCUCAAGGCUGUGCACACGGGCUUCUACGUGGCCAUGAACCGCGGGGGCCACCUCUACGGGUCGCGGGUCUACACUGCCCACUGCAGGUUCCAGGAGCGCAUCGAGGAGAACGGCUACAACACCUACGCCUCCCUCCGCUGGCGUCACCGUGGUCGGCCCAUGUUCCUGGCGCUGGAUGGGCAGGGGGCCCCGCGGCGUGGGGGCCGGACACAGCGGCACCACCUGUCCACCCACUUCCUGCCUGUCCUGGUCUCCUGAAGUCCCCAGGUCCGCAGCAUGCCUGAGCUGCAUGUCCAGGGGCCGGGGGCCGGCGAGCUCAGGCCGUGGCCAAGCACGUCUGGUCACUCGUCUUUUCCCCAAGGAUUCAUGGAGUGUCUGCUGUGUGGCCGGCUGGGGGUGCUGCGGGACCCCCACAGACACGGCCUGACCCCCAGGGAGCUCCUGAGUUGGAGGGGAGGUGGACACUGAGUUGAGCAGAGGCCACAGGUGUCCAGUCACAAGCGGGGGGUGGGGCACGGAGGCCCCAGAAAGGCCCCACCCCGGGGAUGGAGCCUGAAGGACAGGGCCAUGUAGUCACCAAAGGGCUGAGACGUGGCCUAGGCAAAGCUCUGAGGUGGGAGCCCAUUGGGGUGUUUGAG